UCCACUUAACACACCCAUCAUCACUCACAGCCUUAACACAUAAAAAGUAAAUCAUCACAAGACAAGAGAUCAAAGAGAGAUCAAAGAGAGAUCAAAGAUGUCGACUACAUACUCCAUGCUCGGCGGUGAAGGUCCCGAUAGUUACCGAGAACAUUCGAAAUACCAGGGAGCAUUGGUUAUAGCUGCAAAGGAGAAUAUCAAUGAAGUAAUCUCAACGAAGCUAGACAUCGACACUAGUUCAAAUCUCAUUAACAUAGCAGAUUUCGGUUGUUCAUCUGGACCGAACACAUUCAACGCGGUACAAAUCAUAAUUGAUGCUGUGGAACUCAAGUACAAGGGUGAAAGUAGUCUCAAGGACAAAGAGUUCCAAGUUUUCUUCAAUGAUUCUUCCAACAACGAUUUCAACACUCUCUUCAAGACACUUCCUCCAGCAAGAAAAUAUUUCGCAACUGGAGUUCCGGGUUCUUUCUUUGGUCGUGUCCUUCCAAGAGAUAGUCUCCAUUUGGGGGUUUCUUCUUACUCACUCCAUUUCAUAUCCAAGAUUCCCAAUGGGAUCAAAGACCGUGACUCCCCUGCGUGGAACGAGGAGAUACACUGCUCUGGAUCUUCAGAAGUGGUUGAAAAAUUGUAUUUCGAACAAUACAAGAACGACGUGGGCGGUUUCCUCAACGCUAGAGCUCAAGAGUUUGUGUCCGGUGGAUUGCUAUUGCUUCUUGGAUCAUGUCGUCUAAAUGGAAUUCAAUUCUUUGAAUCCGUUGAAGGAAUGAUGGUUGAUUGCAUUGGAUCUUCUCUUAAUGAACUUGCUAAACAGGGUAUAAUAGAUCAACAAAAGCUUGACGCUUUCAAAUUGCCCAUCUAUGCUACACAAGCGGAUGAUUUGAAGCAAAUCAUCGAGGAUAACGGGUCUUUCACGAUUGAGGCAUUCGAGAAGAUUACUCAUGGGAAGGGAGAGUAUCCGUUAGACACCAAUUAUUUGACGCUUGCGUUUAAGGCCUCACUUGGAGGAUCUGUAGCUGCAUUAUUUGGGCAAGAUGCUAUGGAGAAAACGUAUGAGCUUGUGAGAGAGAAGACACAAGAAAUGCUUCCUCAAUUAGCCAAAGCCAAACCCGGAAUGCAGUUCCUCAUUGUGCUUCGAAAAAACUAAAUUCGUGAUCUAUGAAAUGAAAUAAAUCUGAGACUCUAAUAAUGUGAUUACAAUGAUGUGUGUUGUGUUGUAUUUUUAUCUUUUAAACAAUCCCUUUCUUUUAUGAGUAUCACAUGCUACACAUCUUACUUUCAAAUAUCAGUUACUAUUAUUUUCCUA